ACGGAAGCUUGGAGUUUCUGAGGAAUCUCACUCACUGGGAAGUCUUGGAAAACAAUCAAGGAAUCCGAUUUGGAGCGAAACACUGAACGAUCCAAUCGCCAUGGAAGCCGAAGCUCAAGAAUCCAAUCCCCAAAAUGAUGCCAUCGUCAACUCCUUCUGCGAGAUCACCUCCGCCUCGAAGCAAGAAGCCCUCUUCUUCCUUGAAUCCCACAACUGGGACCUCGACGCCGCCGUUUCCACGUUUUUGGACAACAACGCCGCCGUCCCCGACGCAGCCGAGGCCACCCACGCCGCCCCGCGCUCAAUCCCCGCCUCCCACUCUCCCUCUCCCUCACCCUCGCACUCCCCCAAUUACUCUCCCUCGCAGUCCCCGCCGCGCUCUCGCUCGCCGUCGCCCGCGUCUCGUGCGCCCUACCAGCUCCGAUCGAAGCGCGCCGCCGCUAGUGGAUCCGACAGCAAGGGUGAUGCCAACCCGCCAUCUGCGAGUCGUCCGCGUGGCAUACGCACGCUUUCCGAUCUGAAUCGGCCGGCAAAGAGCGGGUCCGAUAGUGACUCCGAUGAACCCCAGGAGUAUUACACUGGUGGAGAGAAAAGUGGAAUGCUUGUCCAAGACCCUACCAAAGGCAGCGAUGUGGAUUCAAUAUUCAGUCAAGCUAGGCAGAUGGCGGCCACACAAGGACCUCUAGAUGUCCAUCAGCCUUCUUCAAGCUCCAAAAGUUUCAGUGGAACAGCUAGAUUGCUUUCAGGGGAGACCGUCCCGACUGCUGCUCCUCAGCCGCCUGAAACUAUCGUUCACACUAUCACUUUUUGGAGGAAUGGGUUUUCUGUAGAUGAUGGUCCUUUGCGGAGGCUGGAUGAUCCUGAAAAUGCACCCUUCCUGGAAAGCAUCAAGAAGUCCGAGUGCCCAAAAGAACUUGAACCAGGCAAUAAGAGGACUGCUGUUCAUGUUAAUCUUACUAGGCGGGAUGAAGAAUAUCCUGAACCCAUGAAGAGGCAUGUUGCUUUUCAGGGUGUUGGAAGAACUUUAGGUGGCAGCACCUCUGCGGCAGCUACCACUGAGUCAACUGCAGCCACUCCUCCCCUUACAGGCGCUCCAUUGCCUUCAAUGGGCUUAGUUGUGGAUCAGUCAUUGCCGUCAACCUCUGUUCAGCUAAGGUUAGCAGAUGGCACGCGUAUGGUAUCCCGCUUCAACUACCACCAUACAAUCAGAGACAUCCAUGCUUUUAUUGAUGCCUCAAGACCUGAUGGGACAAGAAGUUACCGACUGCAGACGAUGGGGUUCCCUCCCAAACAGCUGACAGAUAUAGACCAGACCAUAGAGCAAGCCGGUAUAGCCAAUUCUGUUAUUAUCCAAAAACUCUAGGAGGUUGCAAACACGUCUCAUCAAUGCGCAAGCUUGAUUUCAAGUGCAUCUGUCCUUCGCACGGAUCUAUUUUUCUUUGAUGAAUUUCUGUUAUACCGACGAAAUUUGAAAAUUAUCUACGAAAUCAACGACAACUUUUAUGUUCUUUUGAUGCAGUAGACUAUCUGUUUUGCAAAGCAUGCGAAGUUCAGUUUGAUGGGUAAAUUGUUGAAAUUAUCAGAUCAUUUGGUGGAGUAUAUGAUUUUUCAAUUCGA